GCAGCGCCCGUUUCCCGAUCUCCAGCUGUCGCAAACCGGUGAAUGGCUGUGGAGAGGGGCCGGGGGGGGUGGGGGACGCGGGCCCGCGCUGGUGGCACGGGGGGGCGGCGGCGCUAGCGGCGGCUCCUGCGCGUCCUGCUGCCCCGGGAAAGCGCUGCCUGCCGGCGGCCGAAGGCCAAGAUGGAUCCCAACAGGAUCAUCCAGGCGCUGAAGGGCACCAUAGACCCCAAGCUGCGCGUCGCCGCCGAGAACGAGCUCAACCAGUCCUACAAGAUCAUCAACUUUGCUCCAAGCCUGCUGCAAAUCAUUGUGUCUGACCAGGUUGAAUUUCCAGUGCGUCAAGCAGCUGCCAUUUACCUGAAGAACAUGGUGACCCAGUACUGGCCAGACCGUGAGCCACCCCCUGGAGAAGCCGUUUUCCCAUUCAACAUCCACGAGAACGAUCGGCAGCAGAUUCGGGAUAACAUUGUGGAGGGAAUCAUUCGUUCUCCUGACUUAGUCAGAGCCCAGCUGACAAUGUGCCUCCGUGCUAUCAUUAAACAUGACUUCCCUGGCCACUGGACAGCUGUGGUAGACAAGAUAGGAUAUUACCUGCAGUCUCCAAACAGUGGCAGCUGGCUUGGGAGCCUCCUGUGCCUCUAUCAGCUGGUGAAGACUUAUGAGUACAAAAAGGCAGAGGAACGAGAUCCCCUCAUAGCAGCCAUGCAAAUAUUUUUGCCUCGGAUUCAGCAGCAGAUGAUCCAGCUUCUGCCUGAUAACUCCCAUUACUCUGUACUGCUUCAGAAACAAAUCUUAAAAAUCUUCUAUGCUCUUGUUCAGUAUGCAUUGCCCCUCCAGUUGGUGAAUAACCAGACUAUGACUCAGUGGAUGGAGAUCUUUCGGACCAUCAUUGAUAGAAAUGUACCACUGGAGACUUUGCAAAUUGAUGAAGAUGACAGACCAGAGCUGGUGUGGUGGAAAUGCAAGAAGUGGGCAUUGCAUAUUGUAGCUCGUCUCUUUGAAAGAUAUGGAAGUCCUGGAAAUGUAACUAAAGAAUACUUUGAAUUCUCAGACUUCUUUUUAAAAACCUAUGCUGUGGGCAUACAACAGGUUCUCUUAAGAAUCUUAGACCAGUACAGGCAAAAAGACUAUGUUGCACCACGUGUUCUUCAGCAAACUUUGAAUUAUCUGAACCAAGGGGUGAUUCACUCUAUCACAUGGAAGCAAAUGAAGCCACACAUACAGACCAUAACAGAGGAGGUGAUAUUCUCUCUAAUGUGCUACAAGGAUGAGGAUGAGGAGCUCUGGCAAGAGGAUCCAUAUGAAUAUAUCCGCAUGAAAUUUGAUGUAUUUGAGGACUAUGCAUCCACAACAACAGCAGCACAGAAUCUCCUUUACACUGCUGCAAAGAAGAGAAAAGAGGUAUUACCAAAAAUGAUGGCAUAUUGCUACCAGAUUUUGACAGAGCCAAACAUUGAUCCAAGGAAAAAAGAUGGAGCUUUGCAUGUUAUAGGAUCCCUAGCAGAUAUUUUGCUGAAGAAGAGUGUCUUCAAGGAUCAAAUGGAGCUGAUGCUACAGAAUCAUGUGUUUCCCUUGUUCAUGUCUAACCUGGGAUACCUCAGAGCUCGAUCCUGUUGGGUACUUCAUUCCUUCAGUGCUUUGAAAUUUCACAAUGAGCUAAACUUGAGGAAUGCAGUAGAGCUGACAAAGAAGAGCCUGAUUGAUGAUAAGGAGAUGCCUGUCAAAGUAGAAGCAGCCAUAGCCCUUCAGACCUUAAUAAGCAACCAAGAGCAAGCCAAGGAAUAUGUGAAGCCUUAUGUGAGGCCAGUGAUGCAUGAGCUCCUGCACAUUGUGAGGGAGACAGAGAACGAUGAUCUCACCAAUGUAAUCCAGAAGAUGAUCUAUGAGUACAGCCAGGAAGUGGCCACUAUUGCUGUGGACAUGACCCAGCACCUGGCUGAAAUAUUUGGUAAAGUACUUCAGAGUGAGGAAUAUGAGGAAGUAGAGGACAAAACGGUUAUGGCCAUGGGCAUCUUGCACACAAUUGACACAAUCCUGACAGUUGUGGAAGAUCAUAAGGAGAUCACUCAACAGCUCGAGAGCAUUUGUUUACAGAUCAUUGGCCUUGUUUUGCAGAAACACGUGAUAGAGUUUUAUGAAGAAAUUCUGUCCUUGGCCUUCAGCUUAACAUGCCAGAUGAUUUCACCUCAGAUGUGGCAGCUUUUAGGUGUUCUGUAUGAGGUUUUCCAGCAGGACUGCUUUGAAUACUUUGCAGAUAUGAUGCCUCUCUUGCAUAAUUAUGUGACCAUUGACACUGAUACUUUACUGUCUAACCCAAAGCAUUUAGAAAUCAUUUACUCUAUGUGUAAAAAGGUACUGACAGGAGAUGCAGGAGAAGAUGCAGAGUGCCAUGCAGCCAAACUCCUGGAAGUGAUUGUUCUUCAGUGCAAAGGACGGGGUAUUGACCAGUGCAUUCCCCUGUUUGUGGAGGCUGUUCUGGAGCGCCUGACUCGCGGAGUUAAAACGAGCGAGCUCCGUACCAUGUGUCUUCAAGUCGCCAUAGCUGCGCUCUACUACAAUCCUGACCUACUUUUGCACACCUUGGAGAACAUCAGAUUUCCACACAAUCCUGAGCCCAUCACUGCACAGUUCAUAAACCAGUGGAUGAAUGACACAGACUGUUUUUUUGGACUCCAUGACAGAAAGAUGUGUAUAAUAGGACUGAGCAUCCUAAUGGAAUUGCAGAACCGACCACCUGCAGUGGAUGCUGUGGCUGCCCAGAUUGUUCCUUCAAUCCUCCUCCUCUUCUUGGGCUUAAAACAAGUGUGCGCCUCCCGAGAGCUCACAGAACACGAGGAUCAUGCUAAAGAUGAAAAACACUUUGCAGAAGAUAAUGAAGAGAUACCGAGCGAUGAGGAUGAGACAAACGAAGUGAGCCAGGCAAUGCAAGAGAACCAUGGUGGAGGAGGAGGUGGCAGUGCUGGAGGUGGAGAGGAAGAGGAUGAAGACGAUGAUGAUGAUGAUGACUGGGAUGAAGAUGCAUUGGAGGAGACUGCUCUUGAAGGGUUCAGCACGCCUCUUGACCUUGAAAAUGGUGUUGAUGAAUACCAGUUUUUUACACAAGCACUUCUGACGGUGCAGAGCCGGGAUGCAGCCUGGUACCACUCCCUGACUGCACCUUUGAGUGAGGAUCAGAAGAAACAGCUGCAGGAGAUCUACACAUUAGCAGAGCACCGGAGAACUGCUGCAGGAAGCGUGAGCAGGAUAUCAUGAUUACAUUAUUCCUUGCCUGGAAGUGUGUGUUAUUCAGAAGACUAAGACAAUAGAACAACAAAGUGGCUACACAUUUGACAACAAAGGACUGAUCACAGCAUUUAAUUUUGCUGGAAAUACUCCCGGUGGCAACUGAAGGAUUGGCUACAAAGGUCAAUGGGAAGGGUCUCAUCAUUACAUUUUCUUGAAAUCAUCGUGACUUCUGAGUGAUAGGGGAGGGUAAUUUAAUGCUGCUGAAGGUUUUCUGGGAAAUAGCAGUGUGCUUCCCCCACCAGAAUGCUCUUUCUAACCAGCUACUGUAAUGUACAAAUUCUUGUGGUGUUUUUAUAAUUUGAUGGACUGAAAGGAAAUGUUCAUCCUCAAGGAACCUGGAUGACCGGGAGGGGCCAGGCUGCAUCUAAUUGAGUUGCACUUCUCAGGUUUUUGCUGUGCAGAAUUGAUAGAUUCAUAUGGAUAACAGUGCCUUCUGUUGUACAUGGAUUGCCUGAACAAAUGGAUUUUGGAGUGCAUUAUAAUUUUUUAAGUGUAAGGACAUUUCUUGAUACACUGUAAGCCUUGGUUCCAUGUUUUUCAAUCACCUGCUUUUUACUGCUCGGUUUAAUUGUUUGUUGGUUGCAUACAAAUUGCUGGAUUCACAAUAUUAGCACACCUUCCCUAUUUGGUGCAGACCAAAUAUGUAGAGGGAGGUGCCUGUUGGAGUUGCAGAGCAAACACUGGUUAUGUCAAAGAGUCUUAACAAAAUGGCAGAUUUUCCCUUGAUGCAGUAGUCUUAAAUUAUUUCUCUUAGCCAUGAAUUCAAUUUGCUUGAGUUACAGUGGCUUGCCUGGCAGGUGCCUACCCUAAAUCUACAUCAAUAUUAGCUCCUGCCUGGACAAAUGGUGUGGCCCUCUCAUGUAGAUGUUCUACAUGACAGCUUAUUUUUGCUAUUAUUGAUGAAUAUUGGAUUAUACAUGGGAUAAUCUCUUCUGGUUUUUUUCAUUCAUUACCAUUCCAGUGGUAGUACUAAAUAAUGUGGUACAAAAUAUUUGCAAUAUUUUAUUUAUUUUGAUAGAAGAAGAACAGCUUCAAACUUACUUCUUACUGUUACAUUCUGUGAUUGUAUUUCUGGUCUGCAUUGCAGUUGGUUAUUCUUAUUCCAUGCUAAAAUUUCUUCUGACAGAUUUUUUUCCUGAAUUUUGAAGACUGGUUUCACCACUGGAGGUUUAGAUUAGGUAUUAGGAAAAUUUUCCUCAUGGGAAGAGUGGUCACACAUUGGGGCAGGUUGCCCAGGGAAGUGGGAAGAAUCAACAUCCCUGGAAGUGUUUAAGCAACACAUAGAUGUGGCACUUAGGGGCAGGGUUUUGCAGUGAACAUGGAGUUAACAGUUGUACUUGAUGACCUUAGAGGUCUUUUCCAACCUAAAGAGUUCCAUAGGACAAGGUGUUUGUGGAGAAGUUCAUUUAGAGAGGAAGUGAUAGCAGUACUAAUUUGAAUAGGUACCCCUCCUUUAGCUCUACUGGGAUCACAGUGGUGUAGCAAAAAGCAAUAGGGGUGCUUUAGAAUGUGAACUUUGGAUUGGAGAUAAAAUGUUUAGACCAGA